CGAGUUAUCACGUGCCUUUUUCGAUUUCGACCUUCCGGUCUUCUUUUCGAGAACCGCUGAGGUAGCGGUUGAAUUAAUUAAAAGAGCAAAAUGGAUCCGCAAACGUUCCUGGAUAUCGCCACAAAGGUGACGAAGUUAAAGAUGUACCCCUAUUUCGACAUUGCUCACUACACGCUCAUGUGCAUGGCAGCUCGGGACGACGCACCUGCGAACGCCGCGGGGGGUACAGCUUUUUCCAGAAAGCACCCACUGUCUUGCUGGGUCUCCUCCAUGCUGCUGUGUUUUGCUGGGAGUCUGAUAGCAAACUUCUUACUGGGAGAGCCUAUUAUAACACCAUUCAAAGAUCACAAUUCACUGCUGACUGCCUCUGUUGUUUGGUACUUGAUGUUUUAUUCACCAUUUGACAUUGUAUACAAGGCUGUAAAAUUCCUACCAUGUAAAUUGGCAGUGGCGGGGCUGAAGGAAGUGCAGCGAGCUCACAAAGUGUAUCAUGGGGUGGUUUAUACAGCAAAGGUGUAUCCUAACUCUGUUGUCAUCAUUCUUCUCAUAGGAACAAUUAAAGGAGCAGGCAGUGGACUGAUGAAGACGUUUGAGAGACUGGUCAGAGGUUUGUGGAUUCCUGGAACAAAUGAAGUACUGCAGCCUUCAUUUGUUACAAAGGCUUGUUUUCUGGCAUCUCUUGUGUUCCUGAUGGAGAAGAUGAACUACAUCACAGCCCCGCAUGCCCUGGUGUAUUUCGGUGUAGUUAUUUUCUUUGUGUACUUUAAACUCUCUGCCCUACUUCUUGGCAUCCAUGACCCGUUUGCUCCAUUUGAAAACUUAUUCUGCGCAAUAUUCAUGGGAGGAAUGUGGGAUGCCAUGAGACGAGCAGUUGCCACAGAAACCAAGAAAGAAGAAAAAGACUCGGACAUUCCAGUGAAGAGUCGUGAAGACAAAAAGAAUGACUGAACAAAGAAAGGAUACAUGAAAUUUGGUGUUGUGAAAUAUAGGACAUCUCCCUUCCCCAGAUCUCCUAGGCUUCUGAAUAUAUUUAUCCAAGAGUUUGUGUAGAUGUAUUAUCUUCAUCCAUUGUGACAGGAAUUAUGUAUGUACAGAAACUUACAAGGGGUGUGGCCUCACCUCAGAGGUUUUUAAAUAAUGGGGUCAGGGAUUAGAGAGAAAUUCAAUAGUUGGGAUUUCUUCUUUCCUCAGGGGGUUAGGGUUAUACUGACAAGUAUUAGGGGACUUUAGAAGGAUAUACCCUUCUGGAGACACGCUGCAUGGCAAUAACACUGUCAUAUAGACCGAGUAGGACUUCGUUACACUUAAAUAACAAGACUAGAACAAGAAAUGUAAUUGGAAGUGUCACUUGUUGCAGAAAUUUGGGAAUUUUUUGCUAGUUCUAAGAUGUGUUAAAAUCUAUAUGUGUCUCAGAAAAGGAAAUUGUGGGUUUAGAGUACAUGUGUAGAACCUAUCAAAGAGUCUCAGUGAAGUAAUACACUGCAUUAUUUGAUUUCAGAAAGAUUGCAGUGCAUGUAAUUUCAAACAUGUAUAAGAGAUGUUGAGAUUAUUGACCUUUUUAGAGAUUGUGGUUUUUAUUAAGGAAGGAAACAGUGAGUGAGUUGUUUUGGGAAGUGGUUUGAGUUUUACAUUAAUAAGUAGAUUUAUCUAUAAUAUUCGGAAGGCAGACGUGUAAAAUGUCCCUGAUUUUCUUGUCAGAUACAGAGUACAUAUGUCCCUGUGAAUUCCUGUUUUGUAGAACAAUUGAUGAUGGAUCUGUUGUUUUAUGUUUAGUUCUUGUUCAAGGACAUGGAUAAUCAGUAUAUUUUUACUUAGUGUAAUAUUUCAUGUAUUACAGAACACAGCAUUAACAUGUAUACAGCCGACAUACUCUGGUGGCAAAAUAUUUUUGUACCACUCUUAUGUGAUGCCCACCAUUUUAAAUGUAAUAUUUAUUUUUAUUAAAAUUAAUGAAAUGCUAGUCUUUGAUUGUAAGUAGUGCAAUAUACUCUACACAUAGUUGUUGUAUUGAAAUCAUUGAUUAUAAUUAUUUAAGGAACAAUAGCAUAGUAUAAGAAUUUUCAUGAAUGGUUGCAUUUUUCACCUCUGCAUGACGGAUCAAAUGUGUUUCAUUGUUCAUUGUGUCUGUGUGCUAUAAAUUGAUUCUGGAGAGUUUGAAAUAAACUUCCUUUUGAUGUA